CCACGGUUGGCUGCAGCUACGGGUCGGUAGUAUUGGGUGAAUGCAUGGUUCCCACCGAUACAGUCCGACUUGUAGCCGCAAAACGGAUAACAUUUGCUUCCAUAACGGCGUUUAAGGUUGCAUGAUUCGAGCACAUUUUUGAAGUAGUACAAUCAUGGGCGUGGACGUCGAGACAAUAUCUCCCGGUGAUGGAAGAACAUUUCCAAAGAAGGGCCAGACAUGUGUUGUUCAUUACAUAGGUAUGCUGCAGAAUGGGAAGAAGUUUGACUCUUCUCGAGACAGGAACAAGCCUUUUAAAUUCAAGAUUGGUCGGACUGAGGUCAUAAAGGGCUGGGAGGAAGGAGUAGCACAGAUGAGCCUGGGCCAGAGGGCCAAAAUCACCUGCACACCAGAUAUGGCUUAUGGAACCACAGGCCACCCCGGGGUCAUCCCACCGAACGCCACACUUAUAUUCGACGUGGAACUGCUCAAGCUGGAGUGAUGCCUGAGGUUUAAUACAAAUUUGGAGCUUAAUGAGGCUGCGUUCGCCACAACCUGCUUCCACAGGGAGACCAUACUCGGCUGUUGCCUCCCACCAUCCACUUACUCUUCUUUUAAAUUUACAGUCUUCUUUAGUUCAAUAUUUAUACGUAUUUACUGCUGCUUUGUUAUUACAAUUCUGAUAGAUAGAACAUUCUAAACAUGCAAGACUUUUACACACACACACCACAGGUAGGUUUUUGUUUGUUAGUCCGAUACUCUAUUUUGUUUCAUUUCAAUUUCAAGUUGUACAUUUCGUUGAACCCAUGAGGAAAUCAGUCAUCUGAUUAAAAAGCACUACUUUGCAAUCAAAACAUAUACUGCCUUACAGUUUCAACAACAGAGGAUAAUAAUGUUGAAAAUAAAUACCUUCUGCUCUGUAUCUUAACUGGGCAUUAUAUACCACUGUCUGCAUUGCCACUUUGAUAAAGGUUUGUCCUGCUGAAUGCUCUGAAUGAUGCUAUGUGUAGUAUAUUUUAUAUCCCUCAUAAACAUUGACUGCAAGCGUACCCUAUCCAACACUUUACAGAACUCUAUGAGAUCCGUUGCUAAUAUGACAAUUUACCGACCAACUCUUGAAUAAAAAUGGCAUGUAUUGUGUUGAGAA